AUGCCCGGCAAAACUACUACCCCACGCAUCACCAAGUUCACCAACUGCCGCCUCGUGCGUGGGUCGAGUUUGGUGGAGCAAGAUCUCUGGAUUGACUCUUUGACUGGCAAGAUCCUCAAGGACCAAGAGGCCUUCUAUGAGCUGCAUCUCUCUCCCGAUGAGGUCAUCGACCUCGGUGGCCGCAUUUUGGCCCCGGGUCUGAUUGACGUCCAGCUGAACGGUGCUCAGGGCUUUGAUUUCUCUGUGCCCUGCGAUACCAAGGAGGAGUAUGAUGAGGGCCUGCGCAUGGUGAACCGCGGCCUGGCCCGGACCGGUGUCACCUCCUACCUGCCGACAGUAGUGAGCUCGACGCCAGAUGUGUAUUGGAAGGUCCUGCCAUCUCUCGGUCCCUCCGGUACUAGCCACCCGGCGCAAGAUGGCGCCGAGUCAUUGGGCGCUCAUGUGGAGGGACCGUUUAUCAGCCCUGGCCGCAACGGCGUCCACAAGCCCGAGGUACUUCGUGCGGCGCAGACCUUUGAGGAUUUGCUUCACUGCUACGGCGCAGACAACCUGACCACCGCCAGCCCGAUCAAAAUGGUCACCGCUGCUCCCGAAGUCGGCAACAUGAUGGCACAGAUUCCUGAGAUUGCCAAGCGCAACAUCAUCUACUCCAUCGGCCACUCUGACGCAACCUAUGAGCAGGCUGUGUCCGCGACACACCAGGGUGCUCGCAUGAUCACUCACAUGUUCAACGCCAUGCGACCCUUUUACCACCGCAAUCCGGGCAUCUUUGGUCUGCUGGGCCAGAGUGAGCGCCGUCGCCCCUACUACGGGGUGAUCGCCGAUGGGAUUCAUUUGCACCCGACCUCCAUCAAGAUCGCGUACAAUGCCCACCCAGACGGCCUGGUCCUAGUAACGGAUGCUAUGAAGUUGUGCGGCCUUCCGGACGGAGUAUACGAGUGGACCAAUGGUGAGCGCAUUGUCAAGACCGGGGCCCGGUUGACGUUGGAGGGUUCCGACAAGAUCGCCGGGAGUUCGGCCACUCUCAUCGAGUGUGUCAAUAAUUUCCGGCGCUGGUCUGGCUCCUCCACGGCGGCGGCGAUCAAUGCCGUCACCGCCACCCCGGCACGCCUGCUGGGUUUGGAGGGUGUGAAGGGCUCUCUGGAAAGCGGCGCGGAUGCCGAUCUGGUGGUGCUGGGUGAAAACGACGAUCCUUUCUCGGGCCGCACCUUGACAGUUGAUCAGGUAUGGAAGUUGGGGGUGAAGAUCCACGACACAGACAAGGCGAUUUGA